UUAUUUGUAGUAGAUGUCCAGACCAGUCAAAUUACCAAGAUUCCUAUUCUGAAAGACCGUGAACCCGGCAUAGUGAACCACCAGGGAUGUGGUAUUCAUGCCAUUGAGCUCAACCCAUCAAGGACCCUCCUGGCCACAGGUGGAGACAACCCCAACAGCCUUGCAAUUUAUCGUCUGCCUACACUCGAUCCUGUUUGUGUGGGAGAUGAUGGACAUAAGGACUGGAUAUUUUCAAUUGCAUGGAUCAGUGAUACUAUGGCUGUUUCUGGUUCCCGGGAUGGUUCAAUGGGUCUCUGGGAAGUCACAGAGGACGUGUUGUCCAAAAGCGACGCCAGGCAUAAUCUCUCUCAAGUUCCAGUCUAUGCCCACAUAACACACAGGGCUCUGAAGGAUAUCCCCAAGGAGAACACCAAUCCUGACAACUGCAAAGUCCGAGCACUGGCUUUCAACAAUAAGAACAAGGAGCUGGGAGCUGUGUCCCUAGAUGGGUAUUUUCAUCUCUGGAAAGCAGAGCACUCACUGUCAAAG